AUGACUUCAUAUCCUUCCGGGACCAUCUUUCUUAGCCUGGUCAGUAUCUUGCUUCUGGCUUUCACAGCAGAAGCAGCUCCCCUGCAGGACGUUUCCACCAGACGCACCUUGCAAGGCCGGAAUGGCGCUCCCAACGCGACCACCUGGAAGCCCACUCCAUUUGCAUCUUCAAGCUCAGUCUCAAAAUCUCCGCAUGUUAUGAGCCUGAAGAAACUCAACACCACAGGCACAAACCAUCGCAGUGCUGCGUAUGUGAAAGGGCUGGCCAGCAAGACCUCGGCAAGCGGCACGUUGGUCCCGCUGUUUGAAAGAGAGGAAUACGCUGCCUCGAUCACAUUUGAAAGUCAGUCGUUCGAUGUGAUUGUCGAUACCAGAUCUAGUGAUACUUGGGUGGUGAAGAGCGGCUUUGACUGUGUCGAUCUAGACCCUGGCAACGAAACCUCCACAACGGACUGUAACUUUGGAUCCACGUUUACCGUGGAUAGGACUGUCAGGGAAAUCUCAGAAGAGAAAUUUCAGAUUGAGUACGGUUAUGGGGAGUAUCUCUAUGGAUAUAUGGCCACUGAGACUGUAACUCUGGCUGAUAUCACCGUUAAUCAAGAGGUUGCAGUGGUCACCAAGGCUGCCUGGAACGGCGGUGGAACGACCUCUGGCUUGACUGGUUUGGCAUACCCCGCGCUGACGAGUGCCUAUUCCGGCAAUGGUAAACAGAAGGCAUACGACCCCAUCUUCACCACAAUGUAUAAAGAUGGCCUGGUGGACUCGUACUUCAGCCUGGCAAUUCUACGUGAUAUGUCCGGGGAUGCUGGCUACUUAACCCUCGGUGGCCUGCCCCCAAUUCAUUUUGAUGAAACAUUCACCAGCACGCCUAUUUUAGUCACUUCCAUCGAGGGAUAUUCCAAAUCUUACGACUUUUACACCAUCAACAUCGAUUCCAUGACCCUGAAUGGGGAGAGUGUGUCUGGCUCAGGUGGUUCUGAUAUCCAGUAUAUCGUCGACUCCGGAACCACUCUGAAUUACUACCCAACGUCCGUCGCCGAUGCAACGAACGCGCAUACAUCGUCGAAUGCGAUGCCACCCCACCCGCUAAGGGAAUCGUUUAGCAUCAACCCAUUCGACAUGAUUCUGCUUGCAGGCACCGAUGAUGAUGGAAAUGGCAUCUGCAUCAGCGGUAUUAUCGACGGAGGUAGUGACUCUUCAGAGGACUUGUAUAUUCUGGGCGGUACCUUCCAGAAGAACGUGAUUACUGUGUUUGAUGUGGGUGCGGGUGAUUUCAAGUUUGCGCCGCAUGAGAAUUACACAUCGAAUGAUACUUAUUGA